AUGACAGAACAACCAACUAAGAAAAGAAUAAAACCAAUUACAAAACCAACGAGAUCAUUCCAAGGUAAUAAGAAGUAUCUAAAUUUUUAUAAUCAAUUUGUUGAUCAAACUUUUAAACCUCAAUUUCAAUCAAGUGAUUUAACUAGUAAUUUUAUAACUAAUUCAGGUAAAACAUAUCCUUAUAAUAUUGACAAUAUAACACUAGGAGAAGAAGGAACUAAAUGGUCAUCAAUAGAAAAGGAAAUUUUUUUCAAUUUAUUGAAUAAAUAUUCAACAAUUUCAAGAAUUUUAUCAAAUAAAGAUAUUUGGUUAAUUAAUUUACCUAAUAAAUCAAUGAUUGAAAUUAUACAAUAUUUUAAAAUUUUAUCAAAUAAAUUGAAAAAAUUUAAAAAAAAUAAAAAAUUAAAAUUAAAAUUAAUUAAAUAUCUGGAAUUACCAAUAUCUUUUGAAAUUUCACCAUUUAUGUUAAAAUUUGAAUCAUUACAAAGUGAAUUGAUUUCAAUUAGAGAGAAUUAUAAAUUAUCGGAAAGAAAUGAUCCUUUAAAGAAAUUAAAUCUUGAAUUAGAUAGUGAAAGAUCUAUAAUUGAUAUUAAUACAAUAUUUAAAUCUAUUAAAAAUAUUAAUAAUAUGUCAAUUGAUUCACUUGUAUUAUUUGAAAAAUUAUCAAAAUUAAUAAUUAAAAAAAUCAUAAAUAAUGUAUUAUUAUAUACAAACUAUUCAGAUGAUGAUGAUGUUAAAAAGAAGAAGAACUCAAUAAAAGCUAAAGACAUUAGAACUGGUAUUGAAUGUUUAAAUUAUAAUCAUCCUGAUAUUUAUUUCCAUAUUAAAAAUUCAUUAAAACUACCUGAUAAAUUAAUCACAAUAUCUCCAUUUAUAGAUGAACUACAAGAGGAAGAUGAUGAAAAACCUAAACAAAAUACAAUUAAAUCAUUAAUGAACUUGCAACAAUUAAAAGAAGAUGAAAAAAUUGAAAAAGAAUAUCUGUUUUUAAGUGAAGGAGGUGAUUCUCCAUUAGAAAGAUAUUUAAAUUAUAAAGAAACUCAAGAAUUAGAAAGACAAGAUUUAGAAAAUUCACGAAUGUAUGAACGAGGAUUAAUAAUGAUGUUGAUGUCUGAUGAAUUAAGAAACGAACAAGGGUUUAAUGAAGAAGAUGAAGAAUUAGCAAAUGUGUGGAUAGAUCAAGUUAGGAAACAACAACAAGAAGAAGAACUGGGUGUGGAAAUGGAAGAAGAGGAAACUCUGGAUAUAGAGAAUAGUGAUGAUGAAGAUAUGGAAAUAGAUGAUGAGAUUAAACGAAUAACCAAUGAAGCAAUAUCAACAGAUGACCAAGAGGAACAAACAGAAGUAGUAGUAGCAGAAGAAGAAGAUUCAGAUGAACCAGUUGAAAUCCCAGUUCCAAAAAGUAAACAUGGUCAUAAAUAUUCUCAACAUUCAAUAAAUAAAAAACUAACCAAAUUUUCAUAUAAAUUUGCCAGUUAUUAA